UGUGUUGCAGCGAUAGCUCAUCUUUCCAAUUUUUGAAAUGUCAGCGAUUAAUCGUUCUAAGAGCAUGAUUAACAUGCAAAUCCAAUGCGAAGCCACUUCGCAGCCUGUUUCUCCCAACGACAAGCCUGGUGCGAAUGCUGCUGCAGAAGCUCCUAUGGAAUGUUCUGGUGAUAAGCCCGACCACGACAUUUGUUUCUUGCACUCGUGCCCUGUCGAAUUCUGGUGUUUCAAGUGCCAAGUUGCCACUUGCAGCAAUUGUAUUUCAGAGCCGCAUUAUGCCCAUGGCCAGAUUUCAUUAAAAAAUUUAGUUGGUCAAGAAUCUUUCGUUGAAGAGGUGAAAUCAUCCCUCAUUGGCGAGCUCGGACAACUAAGGACGCUUUGCCUUGAAGAUACAUUGGACCUUUGCGACAAAGGAUUGGAAUUUAUCGCAUCGAUAAAACCGAUCGAAAAUGAACUAUUGUCUUGGAAGAAACAUCUCCAGCAUCAGCAAAUGAAAAUGUCGGCUUCUAAUUUUAUGGAGACAUCCUGCGAGACUACUUCGAAAGCAGGAGUUGAUGCAUUCCUGAAGGUCAUGUCACUCUGUGAUGUGGAGGGAGCAGCUCUUGCUUCAAAAUUCAGUUUGAAUAAGCUCAAACUAUAUGCCAUUGAUGCAGAUUUCAAGUCGUUGCAUCGAAAUCAGGAAACCCAGAUAAAACGUCUUCUUCCUCUUCCUGAAGAAUUUUUGUGUGUGGACGCAAAAAUUGUUCUUGACAUUGAGAGGAGCAAGAUGGAGCGCAUUCGGCAGACCGUUCAAAGAAGCAAAAUUGAAACAAUGACCGUGAUGUCCUCUGAAAGAAAACCCAUCUUAAAUUUAUCGGAACUGCUCUUGAAAUUAUAUGAAGAGGGUUGUGGAAUUAACCUCUACUUGUUAGAUACUUUUUUUGGGGGCAGCUCUGGCGGGACUAAUGAUUCCGUGAGGUUGAAACUUUUCCUGCACCGAGAAUUUGGGGAGCGCCUAGCAUCGUUCUACGGUCACCUCAAGCACGCCGCUUGGGCCAAGUUCGGUGUUGUUGGACUGCCUAAGCUUGGGCUUCACCUCCAGUCUGGAGGUGACUUGGCUGAUAUCAAGAAGAUACUGAAUGACAACAGCGGUGCUGAGACUGGCACUGAGCCAAGCCCUGGCGAAGCGUCGAAUUGUGAGGGUGCCUCGUCUUCUUGCAAGAGCAGAGCAGCGGUUUUGAGUGGCCCUCGGAAAGUUGUCUCGAAUCAAAAAUCUGCAACAGUGGGGACCAAAGCGCCGUUCGUUGCUGAUAUUGCCAUCAGCAAGAGUGUAAUAGCGACCGAUAUUACGAAAAGUCUGGAGGUGGAGCCCAACAGGAAGUAUCGCCUGCAUUUGGUGAAACUGGAAGAUCCCGACAAGGACUGGUGCUGCGCAGUCAUGAAGGCUUUGCUUCCCCGGAGACGUUAUGAUUUUGACCGCGUUUUUGUUUCUGGAGGCGAAGUUAAGCACGAGCUGUGGAUUCACGAGUGGGGAUGCUUAUCGCCCGCCACCAUGAGAGAAGUGAGGCAAUAUUUGGCCGAUUAUACGAGCAUUCAAGUCGUGAGGGUGAAUGUCAAGUUAUUCACCCAAGAUCAACAAGAGAUAGUAAACGCCCCAUAUGCCGAAACUAUUAGCCAGUCAUCUACAAAUAGUGUGCCCGUGUAUCGUAGGUUGCCAGUGCAAUUCAGCAUUCCACCUUUCUAAUCUUUCAUAUCCGAAUGGGUGAAAUGUAAAGCUCGCGCGAAGAUAUGACAAAAAUUCAAAUGGAACCAUUGCAUUUAUUUUUAGAGUUCUCACUCUUAUGCGAGUCACACUAGUUGUGCAUGAAAAGCCAUUCAAACUUUUGCUGCGGAGGCUGAUUUUAUGAUUUGAUUUGCGUAUGCACAACGUUCACCAGUCAAUGAUCUAUUUAACAGGAUUUGAUCGCAUUAAUUACUUUUAUUUAUUUAUCACUUUGAUUACCGAUUCACCAAUUGAAACUGUUUUGUUGUUAAGAGAAAUAGCCUAAACAUUUAUAGGUACAUGUAUAUAUUCUCUUGACUAAAAAUCUCAGAGUACUCUCUAAAUGUUCACUGGAGCUCUUAUGGAGUUUAUUUUUCUGGUCAUGCUAUCUCAUCUCUAAAUUUUUCUCAACUGUUUUAACUGGCUAUUGAUACGAAUUGUUUUAGCGGGCAACGUGUA